AUGUCUUCUCCACCAAGAAUUGCGAUUGUCGGUGGCGGUCCCGGUGGACUAACUGUUGGCCUCCUGCUCCAUCAAAAUGGGAUCAAGUCUACUAUAUAUGAGCUCCGUCAAAAGCUCACCGACGAAGAACUCGCCAAGCCUUCCGGUAUGCUUGACCUCCAUGACGAAUCAGGUCUUGCUGCCCUCAGAGAGUGUGGGCUAUACAAUCGAUUCCUCCAGCUCACUGGCGAGUGCUCAGAGGCACAAAAGGUCUCUGAUAAAGAUGGGAAUAUUAUACAUGAGGACGACGGAGAGCUGAGUGAACGGCCUGAAAUUUCCCGUCAUUCUCUCAUGAAGCUCUUGAGUUCGCAUGUACCAGCCGAAAACAUCAAAUAUGGCCACAAGCUCUUCUCAGCCACAGGUAUAACCACGCAGAAUGGCACCGAGACACAACUAGACUUUGGUCCCAAUGGCAAAGAGCGAUUCGAUUUAGUAAUCGGAGCCGAUGGUGCUUGGUCUCAGGUUCGCAACAUGCUAUCAGACAUCAAACCUCAAUACGCUGGAAUACAGUACUUUGUUGGGCGAGGCAGCUUCUCCGCGCUUGGCUUCCGACACGGCGUCAUGUCUCAGCGCGGGUCACAAGACUCAGCUCGCAUCUACAUCUUCCUGACAACUGCAGAUGAGCACCUCUCAACCUCAGCAGGAAUGGAGGAUCAGCCUGCUUCAGCUGCAAAGGAAUCUCUUCUGAACAAUAACGAACUCCUUGGACAAUUUGGUCCUAAGAUCAAGGAGCUGGUUACUGUUGCAUGCGACGAAGAGACAAAUGACAAUCCGGGGUCUGUGGUGGAUAUCAAGCCGAUGUACACACUGCCAAUUGAUGUUUCAUGGAAUCACAACCCAAACGCAACAUUAGUCGGAGAUGCUGCGCACUUAAUGUGUCCCUGGGCUGGUGAAGGAGUCAACCUCGCAAUGUGGGAUUCACUCUUGCUAUCUCAUGCCAUCAUCAAGGCUCACAAUGCAUCAAUGGACAGACAAAUCUCAUUCCAAUCUGCGCUGGAUCCAUUGAUGAAGGAUUUCGAGGAUGAGAUGUUCGUGCGCUCAAAGGAAAAGGCGGAGGAGACUUAUAACAACGGCCAGAUGAUGUUUGGAGAGGAUGGAGCCACGGCAUUCAGGGAUUUCUUCCAAGCAAUAUAUGGUCAUUUGAAGGGAGAGGAAAGGUAG